AUGUCUAGAUCAGCCCGCCUACAAGAUAAAGUGGCCAUCGUGACCGGCGCAUCGUCUGGUCUAGGACGAGCCAUCGCCAUCCGAUACUCGCAGGAGGGUGCCAAGCUUGUCUGCGCGGAUCUGACGCCAAUAGCCCGAUCACAGGAAGAAUUGGACAUCGCAACGCACGAUCUGAUCACGAAGGAAGGAGGGAAGGCGAUAUUCGUGCAGACGGAUGUCGGGGAUGCAGCGCAAAUGGAGAACCUGGUUCUGGCCACUGUUAAGGAAUACGGAAGACUCGAUAUCCUCGUCAACAAUGCUGGGAUAAGCAUCGAGGCCCGCAAACCGGCUGUCUUGCAUCUCACUGACGAGGAAACUUGGGAUACAACAAUGCGCGUCAACACAAAGUCUGUAUUUCUGGGUUGCAAAUUUGGCCUUACACAGAUGCUUGCGCAAGCGCCUCAUUCGUCCGGAGAUCGUGGGUGGAUUGUGAAUAUUUCUUCAAUUAUGGCUAUGAUUGGAGGUCCGGAGAACCCAUCAUACUGUGCAUCCAAGGGUGCAGUGAGCAAUCUCACAAGGCAGAUGGCUUUGGAUUAUGCGCCUUACAAUAUUCAUAUCAAUGCGCUCUGUCCUGGUUAUACACAAACUGCUAUCUUCAAGGAGACUACUACUAAUUUGACUCCAUGGGAAGAUCUCCGACGUCGGCAUCCUCUUAAGGGGCCGGGGAUGCCGGAAGAUAUUGCUAAGAUGGCUGUUGUGCUGGCUAGUGAUGAUGCUAAUUGGGUUACUGGUAUAUGUCUCCCAGUGGAUGGUGGGUAUACUGCUCGUUGA